AUGCAUGCAGGGUCUCGGAGCUCUCGGGUGGUGUGCGCGCUGAGCAAGGCGCAGCUGCAGGACGGCUACGUGUCCUACCCGUGGGAGAAGAAGAUGAAGGAGGUGCUGCCGGUGCCCAGCGCCAGCAGCUUCCUCUCCCUGCUCGUCCUCCCCACCGCGCUCGACCGCGCCAACUCCCGCUACAACUCCGUCGACGACACGCUGGCCCGCGCCAACGCCUGGUUCCUCGCCUCGCAGGCCGCCGGGGUGCCCAUCGCCUUCCUCAACGUCCAGACCGAGGCCCUCCUCACCAAGAUCUCCGGCGACAUGGCCUCGGCGACGGUCAACUCGGGGUCACUGGCCGACCUCCCCAACCUCGCCAACGCGAGCCUCUACGGGUUCGAGGACUACCACGGCGUGGACAUCGGCGUGGUGAAGGCGGUGCGCCUCUGGUUCACCGCGGCCGCCGGAGAAAUGCCCGUGGAGAUCACCCUCGAGGAGGGCGACACCAAGCUCGGCUUCGCCAUCAGCCGCACCGAGGAGGGCUUCCUCUACAUCUCGUCGGUGAUGGAAGACGACAGCGACCGGCCGACGCCGUCGACGCGGUCGGGGCUGCGGGACCUCUACCGGGAGGCGAAGCGCGCGUCCAAGCUGCUGGUCAUCUCCCGGGUGUCGUGCCGCAAGGUGCUGCCGUGGAUGGUGUCCACCUCCGGGGCCAUCCGGUGCUUCGACACCGUGUCUCUCAGCCAGAAGCUGUCCCUGCACCGGCACGCCCUGCGCCCCAUCCUGCUCCACGUGCUCAUGUGGGACUUCGGCACCGACGCGCCGAACCGGCCGCAGGGGGCGCCGUGCCCGACGCCGCAGCCGUCCCCGGCGUUCGCCGAGCUGCUGCGGCAGAACUCCUUCUCGUGGGUCGACAACCAGCCGGCGCAGGCGGACGGCGAGCCGGGGAUGGUCCAGGGGAGGGACACCGCCGGGGACGCCUCCUUCAGGUUCCACAACUUCUCGCUGCCCAACAACUGGGUCUGA